GGAUAAAGUAAUUCGCCAUGUAUAAUUGGCUAUAUUUAGGUUUACCUCAUAAAUGUCUUUUAUUCACGUAACCGGUGCAGGAGCAGGGGGUAUAGGUGCCGAAAGAACAUUGUUCUUCGGUCCAAGAAUCCCCCAAGAAGUGAAAUUAAUGGUCAAACAUGCUAAGAACAUUGACAAAUCCAUAUUCAGGAAGCUACUUCACAUGGCUGUCUUAGAUAUUGAAGGAAAAGAAGUUGAUUCUAGUCUGUUCCAGGAAAUUCAGACAGAAAAACUUACAGAGGAAAUCUUAUGUCAUAUUUAUAGUGGGCUCCACUCAUUAUUACGAUCGGCUUUACGGAUACCACCAUCUUCACUAAAAGCAGAGGUAUUCAAGGAAGAUUUACAAGACCUCAAAAUACCAAAAGAUUUCAUUCCUGACCUAGCCAUGGUGGUCUGUGGUGCAAGAAGAAAAGUCUUAGAACAAAAGUCUUUAGAUAAUCGACCGCGCUUGCCAAAAUUGGACGAGUUUCGAUGGAGGGUGGAUGUAGGAAUAUCAACAAGUGCGCUAAAUCGAGUUUUAGAACCUGCUGUGCUGAUGGAAAUGACACUUAGUGAUGGAAAACUACAAAACUUUGAGGUUCCAAUGUCGAAAUUUCACCAACUACGAUAUGAUGUGGCAAGCGUUCUCAAGGAAAUGGAGGACUUGGAAAAACGAAGCAUUCUCAAAAUUGGUGACUGAAAAGUGGAAUACUUGCAGAAAUGGUGCUAAAGCACUCUGCUAAGAAACGAUUUCUAUCAAAAUGAUGAUUGUGAUUGGAGUACAAUCAGAACAAUCAUUUUUUCUUGGCUCAAUGGAAAUGUAUAAAAUGUAAAUAAUAAAGCGUAGCCUAUAUUAA